AUGACUCCAAAGUCUGAAGUUUCAGAGGAUUUCGUGGAAUGGGCACCAUUUUGGCCAUCCUUACCCUGUGGCGAAAGUGCAGAAGGGAGUACGUCACCUUUUGCGGAGCUGCCAAGUGAAGCCGAGGUGCAGCCUUACUGGCUGCAGUGUGAUGCGGCGGUUUUUGAUGUACGAAAUGUCGGUUACAAGCAAACAAGGGAGAAGAUACCAUCGCAAUUUGCACUCUAUGAGUGCGUUGGAAUGGACAUCGUGCGCGACAAUCGACGAAUCGAUUGCAUUCUAGACCGCCUUCGGGAAGCAGACUUACCAUCGAACUGGCCGGGAGCAAGGUGGGAGGAACCGUGGAAAGUGCCACGGGUCCUGAUUUUCAAUUGCCAGGUGCCAUAUACUGCUGGAAAGAUCUUUGGAUCGUAUCCGGAAGAGGAUGGCGGCUUCAGCAUCCUCAACUACUUUGUGCUCUCCCGAGAGGCUUCCGAACUGUUGGCAUGGAAUUCUCCGACCCCUGCGCUUCAACUAUGGAAGAGAUUUGUGGAAGAAGGCGUCUCAACCAAGGAGGGCAUCUCCCUCAAGGUCGUUGGUCGUGUGGAGGAUUUGGACAAGCAUGAAGUCCCGGAGUCGUUCAAACGUUUCAACAACAAGCCUGUUCUGUUGACGCGGAGUGCCACCAUCUACAAGAAAAGGCUGCCAGAGGUACUCGAGAUAGACUUCGACGUGCGCAACUGGAACUACCCCACCCGCGCGGCGAUGGUCUCCUAUCAUCAUCGCGCAAGAGAAGCUGAAGUCGAGAUCGGUUACCUCCUGGAGGGCAAGGCAGAUGAUGAGUUGCCGGAGCAGUGGCUUGGCUACAAGUUUCGCAAAUCAGAACAGAAAGGCUUGUUGCCAGCGCUGAAAUCACCAAUUGUUUGUAUAUUAUUAUACACUCAUUGUUUUUUGUCGAUAUAUUACAUGAUCUGA